CUAUAAAUCUCCUAACUUGCUUCUCCUUUGGCAUUCAAUCUUUCAAAAUUGUUGUCCCAUUGUCUUUUUUGUGAGAAUGGCUAGCAGUUCCUUGCAGCAACAGAUUGCCUCCAUGAGGCAAUCCUUGUUUGAUGAGGGAAUCAUUGACCGUGAUAGGUUCAUUCAAUUGGAGACUAUGACCAACCCGGAUUUUGUUAAUAUUGUUAUUGAGGCAUAUUUCAAAGAUUCACCGAAAGCUAUCAAUGACAUUGAAAAUGCACUGGAGGCUAAUCCCCUCAAUGUCACGGAGCUGGAUAGGUGUCUUCACAUUUUCAAAGACGGCAAUGACUGCAUUGGUGCUAGCAAGGUGAUUACUGAAAUCAAUAAUAUAAAGUUUUUUUGCUAUGAUAAAGACAUGGAAAGGAGUAAGAGUAGGGCUGCACUUGUUACCAUGCAACAAGAGUAUAUCAUUUUGAAGAGCAAAUUGGAAGCCUAUUUGGCGUUGCUUCGACAAGCUGCACUAGCUCCUGUAUCUAUGUCUAAUACUAAUCCUCCAGGUCAAGGAUCGGCUAAUGGGAAUGACUAGUAUUUGGGGGAUUAUUUCAUUCUCCAUUUCAAUAAUAAUACUACUAAAAAUAAAGUCUAGGCAUUUUUCCUUUGUUAAUAGAAUAAUUAUGAAUAAAAUAUAGGUAUUCUUACCUAUGGCAUGAGUAUGUCGCUUUACAUUUCUUGUUUCUCUAGAACUAGUUUGUUUGUGUGUGAUCAGUGCAUACUGAUUCCUUCACCAAGUCUAGUUGUAAUAAAAGUUGUCUAUUUGUUAGGAAACCCUUUUAUCUUGCUUUUAUAUUUGAACUCUCUCUCUCUCUCUCUCUCAUAUGUAUACGACAACAAUUUUGUAUA